GGAGUAGUUUCCAAGCCGCCCGGGAGGUUGUCGGCUCUGGCUGUUUCUGCCGUAUUCGGUCCCGUGUGGCGGAGUCCGGGUUGGGACUCGGCUUCGUGGAGCGCCCGCCAUGAGGAGAAGUGAGGUGCUGGCAGAGGAAUCCAUAGUUUGUCUCCAGAAAGCCCUGAUAGACCUUCGGGAAAUAUGGGAACUAAUUGGGAUUCCAGAAGACCAGCGCUUACAAAGAACUGAGGUGGUAAAGAAACACAUCAAGGAUCUCCUGGAUAGGAUGAUUGCUGAAGAGGAGAGCCUGAAAGAGAGGCUUAUCAAAAGUAUAUCUGUUUGUCAGAAAGAGCUGACCACCCUGUGCAAUGAGUUACAUGUAGAGCCUUUUCAGGAGGAAGGAGAAGUGACUAUCUUGCAGCUAGAAAAAGACUUGCGCACUCAGGUGGAAUUGAUGAGGAAGCAGAAGAAGGACAGAAAACAGGAACUGAAGCUACUUCAAGAACAAGACCAAGAGCUAUGUGAGAUUCUUUGCAUGCCCCCCUAUGACAUCGAUAGCACUCUGGUUCCCAGUAUAGAAGAUCUGAACCAGCUGAGGAAACACGUGGCAAUUCUGCGAGAAACAAAGGACUCUAGACAUGAGGAGUUUGUCAACAUAAAGAGACAAAUCAUCCUGUGUAUGGAAGAAUUGGAACACACUCCAGAUACCAGCUUCGAGAGAGAUGUGGUAUGUGAAGAUGAGGAUGCUUUCUGUUUGUCUUUGGAGAAUAUCGCAACCCUACAGAAACUACUUCAGCAGCUGGAAAUGCGCAAGUCACAGAACGAAGCAUUGUGUGAGGGGCUCCGUGCACAAAUCCAUGAGCUAUGGGACAGGCUACAAAUACCUGAGGAAGAGAGAGAAACCAUGGCUACACUUAUGACUGGUUCAAAGGCCAAGGUCAGGAAAGCGCUGCAAUUAGAAGUGGAUCGGUUAGAAGAAUUAAAAUUGCAAAACCUGAAGAAAGUGAUUGAGGCGAUUCGAGUAGAAGUGGCUCAGUACUGGGACCAGUGUUUUUAUAGCCCAGAGCAGAGACAGGCUUUUGCCCCAUACUAUGCUGAUAAUUUUACAGAAAACCUGCUCCAGCAACAUGAUGCUGAGGUUGUGCGGUUAAAAAACUACUAUGAAGCUCACAAGGAACUCUUUGAAGGUGUUCAUAAGUGGGAAGAGAGCUGGAGGCUUUUCUUAGAGUUUGAGAGAAAAGCUUCAGAUCCAAGCCGAUUUACAAAUCGAGGUGGAAAUCUUUUAAAAGAAGAAAAACAGCGAGCCAAGCUCCAGAAAACACUCCCUAAGCUGGAAGAGGAAUUGAAGGCCCAGAUUGAAACAUGGGAACGGGAGCACUCAAAGUCGUUUGUAGUGAAUGGGAAGAACUUCAUGGACUAUGUGGCAGAGCAGUGGGAGACACAUCAGCUGGAGAAGGAGCGAGCCAAGCAGGAGCGGCAACUAAAGAAUAAGAAACAGACGGAAACAGAGAUGCUCUAUGGCAGUGCUCCCCGUACACCCAAGCGGCGAGGACUCACUCCCAACACGCCCGGCAAAGUGCGCAAGCUGAACACUACCACCAUGUCCAACGCUACAGCCAAUAGCAGCCUUCGGCCCAUCUUUGGGAGUACAGUGUACCGCUCUCCGAUGUCUCGACUUCCUCCUUCUGGCAGCAAGCCAGUCCUUUCUUCUACCUGUUCCGGAAAGAAAACACCUCGUGCUGGCAGGCAUGGGGCCAACAAGGAGAAUGUGGAGCUCAAUGGCAGCUUCCUGAGCGGUGCGUAUCCUGACUCGGCCCCCAUGCAGCGCAACUUCAGCGUUAAUUCUGUUGCCAGCACCUAUUCUGAGUUUGCGCGGGAACUUUCAAAAGCCUCCAAAUCUGAUGCUACUUCUCGAGUCCUCAAUUCAACCAACAUCCAGUCCUGAGAAGUGCUGCCCAGAUGGCCAGCUCUGGAUUCUUCCUGUUCCCAGACUGGUGAUGAACGUGUGAAACCGGAGCAGUUUUAAGGACGCGAAUGAGGGGUCCAAAGACUAGCUUUGUACUCAAGAAUCCCGUAAAACUUGGUUUGUCAGGAAGUACAAAUUUAGCGUCUGGGACUUGAUUUCUUUCUCUGUCCCAUAAUGCUACUUACUGGAGCAUGAUCAAGAGCUUACGUUAGUUACUGUUGUAGGAAGACGAAGUAAUUCUGGUUGGCUUGUAUAAUUAGUAAUUACCAUGCCUGUUGUAUAAUUUGCAACUUAUUUGACUAAUUUUGUCGCGACUGGUAGCUUUGCUGUCACCGCACAGACAGCUCCACAGUCUUGACUGGGAGGGAGUGCCACAUUUGUGCACAGUUGAUUCAGUGCACCCUUUCCAUCUAGUAGUCAGCAGCUUUGCACACACUACCACUAGGGAGCUGGUUCUACACUUGCACCCAGGGCGGACUCCUCCCUGGCUGAUCCUCCCAAAGCACUAUUUAUUCCUGCCCUGCCUGCACUACUGCUGUCAGUACACUAAGUGUUUCUUGAAAGCUUACCUGUGCUGACUUGGUCCAUAGUGUCAGCAUCUCUAGUUAGAGGUGUACGAUCCUGUUUUAAUAGAUAUAUAUACAUGUAUUAUAUAUAUAUAUAUACAUGUGUUAAAUUAAAAUGUGUAUAGUUACCUUUCAAAAAA